AUGGCGUCCCGUCCUCUCGCGCGCGCCGCGGGCACGGCCGAGCCGAUCGUGCUGCUGCGGGGCAUCACGAAACGCUUCCCCGGAGUCGUUGCCAACGACGAAAUUUCGCUCGCCGUCUACCCGGGGGAGGUUCACGCGCUGCUCGGCGAGAACGGCGCCGGCAAGUCGACGCUGAUCUCGAUUCUCUCGGGCAUGCAGCGCCCGGAUGCGGGUACGAUUGAGAUUCGCGGCCGCAAGACCCGGAUCGCGAGCCCGCGCACUGCGCUCGAUCUCGGCAUCGGCACCGUCUAUCAGCACCCGACGCUGGUGCCGUCCUUGACCGUGCUCGAGAACCUGAUGCUGGGUGCCUCGUGGCGUGCCCCCAUGAACCGGACGGCGACCCGCGCAAGGCUGAGCGAGAUCACCGCGUUGCUCGGCAUCGCUCUGCCGGAGGACGCGCCGCUCGGCUCGCUCUCGCUCGGCCAGCAGCAGCUCGCCGAAAUCGUCAAGGCGCUCUGGCGGGGCGAGAGCGUGCUGAUCUCGACGAGGCGACCUCGAUGUUGA